AUGAGUUUACCAAGCGAAUUAGAAGAUGAUAUAAACAAGUUUGAAGGCAUAUUGGAUAAGAUCGAAGGUCAAUUAUCGCCAUUUUUCAAUCAUACCUUGAAAGACCAUCAACAACAUCUUACACCACUCCAAUCUGCUAAAUUAAAUAUCCUUGUUGCAUACUCUUUAAAUUCUUUAUUUUUCAUGUAUUUACAAACUCAAGGUGUUUCACCACACAAUCAUAAAGUCAAACCAGAAUUGGAUAGAAUCAGACACUAUAUUACAAAAUUACAAUCAUUAUCGAAAAAAGAAUCGGGUGUAGCAGAUGAAAAAGAACAGAAACCAUCAAUGACCAUAGACUCUGAAGCUAGUAAAAGAAUCAUUCAACAUUCUCUUGCUUCAAAUGAAUAUAUAAAUAAUAAUAAUAAUAAUAAUAAUAAUAAUACCAACAAUAAUACUAACAAUAAUAAUAAUAAUAAUUUUCCACCAAAAAAAGAAACUGAACAAAAGAAAAGAAAGAAAUAA